AUGGAUCCGUUUAGAAGAUCAAGUGUUAUUCCAAAUAAAGAUGAUUAUUUGGAUAAUGCUCAGACAUUCAACCGAACUUCAAAAAUGUUUGAAGAAUUUCUACAUAGUUUUGAACAGUACGAUAAGGAAGAACAGCACAAGAGACGUGAUUCAUCCUCUUUAAGUGACUGUGUUAAGGUACCUAGGAGAAGAGUAUAUGUCAAACAAAGUUAUUUUCCUGUUGAUGCAUCAUUUGUAAAGGCUAAUCCAAACCAUAUUUACAUAACUGAUGUAAAUGGACAUUUGUACAUUGUAAAGUAUAAAGCAGUUAGAUGGUGA